CGCUUAGAACAGUGCUCUGCACAGAGAUAGGGGUGCUGAAAAUAUUCCCCUGAAAACCAUUUUGAGGAGUCUCUGCAGACCAGAAUGCCAACCUUUGGUGUUGGGAAGUGGCAUUAAAUAGAAGACUGGUACAACAGUACAGAAUGAGUCUUUGGACAUUCUACAGGGACCAAACCUGGAGGUCAGACCAUGAAGAAGCAGGAAGAAGCUUCGGGCGUUGUCCAAAAGACAAGAUCUACAUGCAGUCCACCCGACAGCCUUUGGCUAUCAUGAGAGACCCUGAUAACUCCAGGAAGCUGCCAGCUACAUACCCAGCAGAAGCCAGACGAAUUACUGUAACAAUGUGACCAUCCUGAUGAAAAUAGAUUUCAGCGAAUUGAAGCAAGUGGAUCCAAAGUUUCUGAACCAUUUCUGUCUCUUACUUGUCAUGACGUGGAUGAAUGUGACUACCCUGAACUCAAUGCUCGCUCUGGAAGAGAACGUGGUGUAUACCUUUAAGAGCCUACAGAUGUGUCUGUCAGUACCAGUAUAUUACGCUGACCCCAGGUGAACAAGACAGAGGAUGUAAAGGUACUCAAAGAUUUGAUCUUACAGUAAGGAUCACAAACUGCUACUUCACUGAAAAGUUGCUCAACACUAGCAGUGUGGAAUAUCAGGACUUCUCAAAGCUGUUGUUUCAUGAGGGCCUGUCCCCAUUAAAAGGAUCUCGGUCUCCAAUGUGACCAGCACUAGCUUUCACUUGGUGUGGCCGGUGGAUUUUACUCAAGAUCCCUCUCUCCAGUUUGCGCUGUUUCACCAACAUGACCUCACUUUGACCCUGGAGACUCAGAACAGGAGCCUCACUCUCACCCAGCUGGAGCCAGGGCUCCUAUACACGGUUCAAAUUCUGACCAGAGCUUACGGAAACCAACCUACCAAAGUGUUCCAGAACAUAAAGACCGUGGUCCAGAAACCCAAAGGACUAGUGAGAAUAACAAAUGUCAGCUAUAUACAAGCUCUCAGUAAUUCAAGCAGCAAUGGAUAUCCAGAUUUCACUCAGCUGUUCCUUCGGACUAAUGCCAUCAAUUCCUCCACCACCAUGACUGAGCCCAAGUCGGUGUGCGUCUCAGUGGACGAGGUGGUCUCCAAUGGCACCGAGAACGCGGAGACCCAUCUGCUGAAUGGACACUUGAAAAAGGUGGACAACACUCUGACGGAAGCUCAGCGUUUCUCCUCGUUGCCCCGGAGGGCGGCAGUGAACAUCGAAUUUAAGGAUCUCUCAUACUCCGUCCCGGAAGGACCAUGGUGGAGGAAGAAGGGGUACAAGACCCUCUUGAAAGGAAUCUCGGGGCGGUUCAGCAGCGGAGAGCUUGUUGCAAUCAUGGGUCCUUCUGGAGCCGGAAAAUCUACCCUCAUGAACAUCCUGGCAGGCUACAGAGAGACGGGGAUGAAGGGCACCGUCCUCAUCAAUGGGCAGCCCCGAGACCUGCGUUGCUUCCGCAAGGUGUCCUGUUACAUCAUGCAGGAUGACAUGCUGCUCCCUCACCUCACCAUCCAGGAGGCCAUGAUGGUGUCAGCGCAUCUGAAACUUCAAGAGAAAGAUGAAGGGAGACGGGAGAUGGUCAAGGAGAUUCUUACUGCCCUGGGUUUGCUGGCCUGUGCCAAUACCAGAACUGGCAGUCUAUCUGGGGGCCAGCGGAAGCGCCUUGCUAUUGCUCUGGAAUUGGUCAACAACCCACCUGUCAUGUUCUUCGACGAGCCUACCAGUGGCCUGGACAGUGCAUCCUGUUUCCAGGUGGUCUCCCUGAUGAAAGCAUUGGCUCAGGGAGGCCGGUCUAUCAUCUGCACCAUCCAUCAGCCCAGUGCCAAGCUCUUUGAGCUCUUCGAUCAGCUCUAUGUCCUGAGCCAGGGACAGUGUGUCUAUCGGGGAAAAGUGUCCAAUUUAGUCCCUUACUUAAGGGAUUUGGGUUUGAACUGUCCAACCUACCACAACCCAGCAGACUUUGUCAUGGAAGUCGCCUCCGGCGAAUACGGUGACCAGAACAGUCGCCUGGUGCGAGCAGUGAGGGAGGGUAUGUGCGACACAGACUUCAAGCGAGACCUGGGGGGCGACCCCGACUUGAAUCCGUUCCUUUGGCACCGGCCCUCCGAAGAGGUAAAGCAAGCAAAACGAAUAAAGGGGUUGAGAAAGGACUCCACCUCCACCGAAGGCUGCCACAGCUUCUCGGCCAGCUGCCUCACCCAGUUCUGCAUCCUCUUCAAGAGGACGUUUCUCAGCAUCAUGAGAGACUCGGUCCUGACACACUUGCGGAUCACAUCCCACAUUGGAAUUGGACUUCUCAUAGGCUUGCUAUAUUUAGGGAUUGGAAAUGAGGCUAAGAAAGUCCUGAGCAACUCUGGUUUCCUGUUCUUCUCCAUGUUGUUUCUCAUGUUCGCUGCUCUCAUGCCCACCGUCCUCACAUUUCCUCUUGAGAUGGGUGUUUUUCUGAGAGAACAUUUGAAUUAUUGGUACAGUCUGAAAGCCUACUACCUAGCCAAGACCAUGGCCGAUGUUCCCUUUCAGAUCAUGUUUCCUGUAGCCUAUUGCAGUAUUGUGUACUGGAUGACUUCCCAGCCAUCUGAUGCCCUGCGCUUUGUCCUGUUUGCAGCUCUGGGGACGAUGACGUCACUGGUGGCUCAAUCUUUGGGUCUCCUGAUUGGAGCAGCAUCCACAUCAUUACAGGUGGCCACAUUUGUAGGUCCUGUUACAGCCAUCCCGGUCCUCCUUUUCUCAGGAUUUUUUGUCAGUUUUGACACAAUUCCAGCAUACCUGCAGUGGAUGUCCUACAUUUCCUAUGUCAGGUAUGGGUUUGAGGGCGUAAUUCUCUCCAUCUAUGGCUUGGAUCGAGAAGAUCUUCACUGCGACCAAGACGAAACCUGCCACUUUCAGAAGUCAGAGGCCAUCCUGCGAGAAUUGGAUGUGGAAAAUGCCAAACUUUACCUGGACUUUAUUGUACUUGGAAUCUUCUUCAUCUCCCUGCGCCUCAUUGCCUAUUUUGUCCUGAGGUACAAAAUCCGGGCCGAGAGGUAAAAAGGACCCAAUUCCAGUAGGGAGAGAAGUAGACUUCGCAAUAGAAGGCACUUGUUAAAAUUGUCUCACGGGGCAGGCCGGUGCCAGCUCCUCAGCAACUGUCCUGACCCAACUCCUAGAAACCAUAUUGGGUUUGUGGAUGUCUAGUGUUCGGCUAAUCAGUCCCUUUGGGCCGGGCCGCUCUCUCCUCCACUGCCCUUUCUAGCUUUAACUAGGAAGAAGACAGAGAAGGGAAUUUUUACCAUGCAGAAUCAAAACUCCAACAUGGUGCACCUUGCACGGUGAUGGGAAGUUGGGUGGGGUUUUUGUUCUUUUUUUUCCUUGUUUUUGCAAAGUCCUUCUUUAACGAGGUGAACUUUUAGUCUGGGAGUGGACUUAUACAGUGACCUUUUCACGAAGUGAUUCUGUUUUGAAGGGUCACCAUGUCAUAAACCGGGGACCAGAUACAGAGAUGGGGGGCUUGUCUCUUCUAGUUAAUCACUCAGAGUUUCAUCUUUCUAAGGUUGUCUGUCUCUUGGCAACUGUUUCCACAAGGAGUCACUUUCCAAGCUGAAAGUGUGAAGACUGCGUUAAUGUUCCCACAAAAGUGUCUUUUUAAUUCCAUUGGGGAAACAUUAUUCAGGGCAAAGAAUCUAACUCUGACUGUCCAAAGGAUUCUGGCAUUUUAUUCAAUGAGCUGGUCUCACUUAGUCAUAACUUGCCAUAGGGUGAAAAACACAAAUUCACAGUGAUGACUAUGAACUUUGAGCCACAUGCUUAAAACAAAUUAUGGAAAGCACUGAGGAUCAAAAUUUUUUCAAAACUUAGGGAUAUAAAGAUACAACUUGGUUAGUUCCCUCCAUGUAUUUUAUCCUCCAGAGAGUUUGAUUUUUAUUUCAACUGCUAAACCUCCUAGCAUCUAAAAGGAAAGCGUGUCAUGGUCCAGUGUGCUAUCCUUCAGGUUGAUGGCUCUUUCUUUGUUCACCUUCUUCUACUUCAACUACCUCCAAUGCAACUAGAAAAGUUCGCUCUCAGAGGUCAGUGUCAUUGAAAACUGUGAAAGUUAAACCUUGGACACCCCUAUUGUAGGAGUAACUAAAGGUAUAUAAAUCUAAAAUAUUAGACAUUGACUCAAUCACAUCCCUACCUAAGGCAUUUACAUUAUACCAGUCAAGGUUUUACUACCCAGCAUUGGAUAUUCUCAUUUUGUCAGAACCUAUAUGCAGGGUGGACACUCGAGGGGCAAGAAGACAGGGGCAGUAAGCUGGUCUGAUGCCCAGCAAUGAAACCAGGGGUGGUGCCCUCCCUUGCCCAGCCCAGGACAGCAUCAAGUCAGAAUCCCAGCUGAGUGGCUAAGUAGCAGAACUCCUGUCCUGGCACACUGUAUUGCAUCUUAGUCUUGCCCAUCAUCAGUGGGCAAGUUGGGCUCAGGCCCCUGCCUGCCUAAGGCACAGGCUAUCAUUUCAUGUGCCAGUUCUGUUGGUAAAACUACACUCCAAGGUCCAAAAGUUUGAAUGAGUGAUUGCUUUCUCGGAUGGCACGGACUCUUUAAAAACAUUCAGGUAUUUUCUGACCAUUGGCAAUGUUUCCUUAAAUCAAAGACAAUCCUUUAUGUGAUUUCAUGGCCUGAUUCAAACCACAGAGUGGAAAACAGGUCCCAGGAGAGCUAGUGCUCUCUGAGCCCUUGAAUAAAUAGAAUGAAAUAGUUAUCAUCUCUUUAGGUUCUCAUCUCUUGGCCUAACCCCCUUAGCCAUCACAGGGGUGAACAUUCACAUCAAAGUAAACUUUAAUCUAGCAGGGACUGGGAGUCUCUCCUAAUGUUGCAUGCAACUAUACUGUUCCCCUUUAAAGCAGGACUGCUUCCUGCAAGCAUUUUCCACAGGACAGUGGAUUUGUUCGGAGAUGAUCUUUCCAGUUUAGGUAAUUUUACCCAAGAGCAGACUCUAGCAAGGUGGUCAGCUUUGCCUCUCUUGUGGGCCAGAUUGAGACUCCACUGGGCCUGGUUCAGCAGAAUCCUGAUCCUGAGCCAAAGAAGGCCCCUUUGAGUCUUCUCCAACACACACUGUGCUAUCUUGCUUGCCUUUCCCUCUCUGACGUGGCUGAGGCGUCUCUUAGCUUUGGUAGUAAUUGUAUCACAGGCCCUCCAAAAGCCAGGUGACGACUCACAACACAGCUCUAAAUCACCACCCACUUCUUUGUGUUUUUUCCAGAAUCCUCAAAAUACCAGACACCAGGCCCUGUAAUCUUAAUAGCUAUAGAAAAAAAAUGUUGAUUCUUUUAGAGAAUUGGGGAAGUCUAAUUUUACUACAGCAGGUGUGAUUUGCAAAUUCUUGAAGAUCACCUUUCCACCCAGGAGGUUGUUUUAAGGGACCGAGUUUAAGUUUGUUGGCUAAAAACAACCAAAGUGAACCCUUUGUUUUUUGGCAAAAGUAGACUCGGAUUCAAGAGGUUGCUGGAGUUAGAGAAUCUGAUUUUGGCCUGAGAAAUCUCAAGCUGAUAAAAAACACAAACAGUAUUAGGAAGAAGAAAUUCAUUGUUCAUCUCCCAGAUUGCUUUAGGUCAUUUUUCUAGAAUGCUUUGCUUUGGAAUGAUGAAAGAUUUUAAUGUGCAUCAUUGCUGAUUUGGGGCAGUAAGUUGAGCAAGAUAAUUCUUCUGUGGGUGUUCUGCAGUCUGUAACCUAGAAGACAAUGCAGAAGGUCCUUUGGUUUUCCUUUACAAAAGCCAGAAACAGUCCCCCAGGGUGAAGGGCAAGGCUUUGCUGGUAGACUUUGACUGGUAGAGGAAACAUAGAUGUGAAUUCAAAAUGUGAACAGUAUUGUUUGAGAGUAUUUUGUUAGAGAUAGCCAACUGAAAUAUAAAGUAUCGUCAAGUUAGAAAUCAAUUGUGAAGAAUAACUUAGUUCAGUGUUACUCAUCAGGUUUCUGCAGUUUGGUGCUUGUUGGAAAUGGGCAAACCUCAGAAAUAAUGAUUAGCUUGUCUACCCAGGACAUUUUGGUGACAGCGCUUUUUACCUGUACUUCUUUCCCCAUUUCACUGAAGCCUCAGCCUGUAAUCUAACUUUCUUGUUUUAUCUGAGAUAGGAUUUGUCAGUCCUUUGAUUUUGUUGAUGUGCAUUCAGUGUAGUGGGAUUUUUAGAAGAUGUGGCCUUGCUAAUAUCAUCCUAUAUUGUUUGGUUGUCCAAGUGCAUGUUUCUUUUGAACCAGUUUAUUGUUCUUUACUUAACACUUCCUUCUAAUGCUAUACCAUAACAUCUUAACUAACCAAUAAGGCAUUUCUUCUGAAACUCACCACUGUUAUUCCCAAAUUGAAAACCUCAAUGGGAUUUCUUUUUUCUUUAUUAUCCUUUUUUUUCCUUUUCUGAAUGUUGUUAUAGAACCUCCUGGCCUCCUUUUCUCUUUCUGUGUGCCUGAGAAGGCAACAGUUAAAUUGUUACGGCAAGAUUGUCAAACCAAAAAAUAUUCUACUUUAAAAAAAAAAUUCCCCAUAUCUAGAAUUGUUGUUAUGUACUUUGCCAAAUGGCUUAGUACAGCCCUCUACACACGCUCUGAAUAUUUCUUAUUCUUCCUCAGAUUCCCAACCCUAACUUCCAUACCUUCCUGUCUUGUGUUGAAGAUCCUCAAAACUGAUGAGGAUAGGGACUUUGAUUUGCACCAGGGUAUGCCAGCUUAUUCCACAUUUUCCCCCUGAUUCUUCUCCCUGAGAUUACAAUGGUCAAUCAGUGGUAUUUAUUGAGUGCUUACUGAGUACAGACACGGUACUAAGCACUUGGGAGAGUCGUAUAUAACAAGGUUGAUAGACACGUUCCCCACCCAGCGGUCCUGCUCAUUCAUCGGGAUGAGUCAUUCCAGUUCAGUGCAAGGAGGGAAACAUUUCUGUCCUGUACCAGUGGGCUCUGGUGAUGCAGAACAUCCAUUUUUCUGGUCUUCUCAUCAUCAAAACUAGUUGUUGCUUGAGGGACAAGCCCGUUCUUUGGAUUUUAUGGGGAGAAAUGUCACUGAGUCAUCAUAAGACCCGUGAUAACUCCGUGGUAUUUAUUGAGGCCUUACUGUGGGCAGAGCACCGUACUAACACCUUGGGAGAGUACACCACAACAGAGUUGUUAGAAAUGCUCUAUGCCCCCGAGGAAUUCAACCUUAUCAUGCACCUAUACCAGUGAGUCUAGAAGACUGGGGCCAUAUGGACCGGUGACUUCAUCCUGAUGUAGUGCUAGAAGAAGCUUUUCUUUACAGAACAAGGGGGUGGGAUGGGGUAGGAGGACAGGGAGGCACUACCCUUUGGGUAACCCAGUGUGGAAUAGGCAGCCAAAAGAACUGGACUGAUUUCAACCCUCCACAGCUGUCCACCGAGGCAGAAAACCUCUUGCAUGAAAAAGCAUGAAUUCAGGAGAUUUGUGAAAUAUUUCAUGAAUAUUUACAUUUGAUUGUAAACCAAGAAAUAUAUUUGCUACUCCUAGACCAAACAAAGCAUAGAAAUGUUACAUUUGAAACAGACUGAAACACACUGACACACUCUGUUCUUCCCCGGCUCUACAAUGAAUGAGCAUGGUACCCGCGAGUCUCAUUUUUAAGAGAUGGCAAGCGUAAACUUGACGGUCCUUUUGAGCUGUGCUCCACUGGAUUCUUUUGGUUCAGACGUGAUCUUUGGAGACGUGAAUACAUGAUUUUGUAUACCACUUUUUAUUCCGCAAGGUCAGCUAAGAACAUGAAAGUCCCAGACAAACUUACUUUUCCGUUGCAUAAAAGGUUUGAUGUCAUCAUUUACCUAAUGCCAAAUGUCAUUACUUCAAUGUAAUAGCAUCCGAGGGGCCAUUAUGAUGACUGUAUAGUGCUGGGGAACAGCAGACCAUCCCAUUCAUAGCUUGCUCUAUGAAACUAAAAGUAUUCGAUCCUAGCCAUGAAAGGACCCCUGAAAGGUUAUCUCCAAUAGGUGAACCACUGCCCACCCCCAGAGCCCAAUUGUAAUAGUUUAGAUGAGUGUGUACAUCAUUGUCCUUUACACAUCCAGCUGAAUUCUUCACUGAAAAAAUUGGGUCUAAUGGCUAGAUCUCUAUGGCCUCACCCUUUGUCUCUGUAUGUUCUGUGUGGACCUGCUAAUAGAUUUCAGGAAACAGGGUGGGCAAUGAUGAGGUGGGAAAAUGGAGGCUGAAGAGAAAGGAGUCUUUCAUCAGAAGGAGUCCUUCCCCAGCCAUGUGGAUUAGGAGUGCAUCAUUAAGACCAACCCAGUGUCCUCUUGGCUCUUUUACUGCCCUCAUCUGCCAGAAAUCCUGGGGCUUGCAUCCAGGUUCUCUCACUCAGCUCAUUACACUUUGAGAGGGCAGGUGUUAUCAAUCCCCCACUAACUGCCAAAGGAGAGUGGUCUCAAGGCUCAGAGACAGAACCUGAACUCCAUAGGACCAGCAGAUAGACAAAUUUUUAGCUCAAAGCCGUCAUGCCCUGAAAUUUCCAAAAAUGCUUUUUUAAUGAUCAUGGUACCUUUUUUGUUGUAGUUUUUGAAUAGGCAAUGGAACCUGGUCACUCUGCAAGAAAUUGGGCUGUGGGAGUUUAGCCCCUGAUUGAUUUAUUUUAAGAAGUUUGGGGGGCUAAGAUGUUGGCAAUUUUUAAGCCUUUAUCAUCUAAACUGCUAUUGAAAAUUAAAGUUAUGAAGUUUCACUUAUAUUCUCCCUCUUAGAGGUGGGGAAGGAUCAUUUUUAAUAAUGACCAUGUAUGUUUCAAAACAUAGUGGAUGUAACUGACGCUGUCUCCUUAAGUUAUUUUAGAAUUAUGGGUGCAAUACUUGAUCCCAGUUGAGCUCUUUAGUGAAAUACUUGAUUUGGUUAGGAGUUAAAAUUUGAGUUUUCUUCUGUCCCUCCUCCAAAAAAGCAAGAGUCAAUGCAAGUAAACUUUUUAAUCAGCGUGCAAAGGUGUGCAUAUACUGUAUAUCUCUGAUAAUUACAUAAUACCUGUUUUUAUGAUGCCAUCUGCAUUUCUUUGAAUCAACUUUGUUCUCUUUCUGCUGCUUGCACGCUGUGUUAUAUUUGCACUGUUGUAGAUAUUAUAUAUAUAUAUAUGUAAAGAUAACAUUGUCUCUUUCAGGUCGCUUGUUACCUCUGUAGCUUGUACUCAUUGGAACAAUAUACCUGAACAACUUUAGGAUGUGGGGCAUUCUAACUACAUAUUAAAAAAAAGAUGGUUCAUGCUUUGUAUAUUUCUGUAUAGUUAACUCUGGUAGAAGAUUUGUACGUGCACCUUUUCCAGAUUAGGGCUUUGUUUUCUGAAAAUAGACAUUUAUGAUAAUGUGACAGAAUCAAAUAAAACAUUAUUAUUUUCAGA